CCACCUGUUGGAGCCUCAUUUGGAAAGUUGUAAAGGAACAACCAGGCUGGCAGAAUAAGAUGAACACAAACCCCAGGAAGCUGAAGACUGUUACAUUUAUAAGAUCCAUGUCAUUUUGAUAAGAAGUGGAUUCAAGAUUCACGUGACAUCUGCUGGUUGAAUCCCAAUAUCUGGAGGAACAGAGACAGGACAGACCGAACGGCAUGGCUCAUUAUGAUUCGUUUGACGACAAGGGCUCUGUGGAUUUUCAUGACAACCCCCCCCUCCCUGAUAAUGUGGUGAAGGAGGAGGACAACAUGGUCUACUUCAUCUACGACGAGGAGGUAGAAGAGGAGGAGAAGGAGGAGCCUCCUCUCUCAGAGCCAGUGAAACCAGUCAAUGACAGACCUCACAAGUUCAAAGACCACUACUGCAAGAAACCCAAAUUCUGUGACGUCUGCGCUCGCAUGAUCGUCUUAAACAACAAGUUUGCAUUGCGAUGUAAAAACUGCAAAACCAGCAUCCACCACCAGUGUCAGUCCUAUGUGGAGUUCCAGAGGUGUUUUGGCAAAAUUCCUCCAGGCUUCAGAAGAGCAUACAGUUCUCCUCUGUACAGCAGUCAGCAGAACGCCACCGUCUCACAGCUGCUGCCCUUUUCACAGUCGAACCGCACUGACCCAGUGUUUGAGACUCUGAGGAUCGGCGUGAUCAUGGCCAACAAGGAGCGCAAGAAAGGCUCCGAGGACAAGAAGAACAUGAUGAUGAUGAUGGAGGAAGAUGAGUCACAGCCCAAACAGGAGGACAAGGGAGGUGAAGGAACGAACACAGAAGGAGACAAAAAGGGUGAGAAAGCUCCCGCUGAUGACAAGAGUAAAAAGCCUCAGCCGGGAAAGAUUGGCGUCUUCAGUCAGUCGUUCUACUACCUGGCCCUCUAUCGAUUUAAGGCCAUCGAGAAGGACGACCUGGAUGUGCAUGCCGGGGACCGCAUCACCGUGAUAGACGACUCCAAUGAGGAGUGGUGGAGGGGGAAGAUUGGCGAGAGGACAGGAUUCAUACCUGCCAACUACAUCAUCCGAGUGCGAGCAGGAGAGAGAGUCUACAAGGUGACGCGCUCCUUUGUGGGCAACAGAGAGAUGGGCCAGAUCACUCUGAAGAAGGACCAGAUCGUGGUGAAGAAGGCUGACGAGGUGAACGGCUACCUGAAGGUCAGUACGGGACGCAAGCUCGGCUUCUUCCCCGCCAACCUGCUGCAGGAGAUCUGAGGAGGACAGACCUCCUGCCAGCUCUCACCUCAGCGCCAUCACCCGCUGUAACUAUACACACACGAUACUUGAAUUUGUAUUAUCACAGGAAUAUAUCACUUACUGUGAGUCAGUGUGUAGAGUCAGAACAAACGAGGAUAAUCCUUCCAUGUCUCCACCACCAAAUGUUUUCACACGUCAGCUUGCACUUCUGCCACUUUAAUCCAGUCUCUCUGUGCUCACGCUGACUUCUUGAUUGUAACGUUUAUGACUGUAAUGAAACAGGUUAAAAACCUGUUUGAAGUCGUUGGUUUUUUUCCACCUCAUACAAAAGAAGAGAGUAACACGAAUAAUACAUCUAAUGUGUGUGUUUGGGGACAUUUCCUGUGUAUGAAAAGAUUAAACAUUAUUACUCGUC